AAAGACGUCAAGCUGGAACGCAAAGGGACAUGUCUAAUCAAGGGGUGAGGAGAAAUGGCCCAGUAAAACUGCGACUGACAGUGCUCUGUGCAAAAAACCUUUCGAAGAAAGACUUCUUCAGAUUGCCUGACCCCUUUGCCAAGGUGGUUGUUGACGGUUCAGGGCAAUGCCAUUCUACAGAUACUGUGAGGAACACGCUCGACCCCAAAUGGAACCAACAUUACGACCUGUAUAUCGGCAAGUCCGACUCCAUCACCAUCAGCGUGUGGAACCAUAAGAAGAUCCACAAAAAGCAGGGAGCAGGCUUCCUGGGCUGCGUAAGGCUUCUGUCUAAUAACAUCAACCGCCUCAAAGACACCGGCUACCAGAAGCUGGACCUGAACAGGCUCGGCCCCAACGACAAUGACACGGUCAGAGGGCAGAUUGUGGUGAGCCUGCAGUCUAGAGACAAAAUUGGCAAAGGAGGUCCCAUGGUGGACUGCAGUCGUUUGUUUGACAACGACCUACCCGAUGGCUGGGAGGAAAGGAGGACAGCAUCUGGCAGGAUCCAAUAUCUAAAUCACAUCACGCGCACCACGCAGUGGGAGAGACCGACCAAGCCUGCGUCUGAAUACUCCAGCCCUGGACGGCCUCUCAGCUGUCUGAUGGAUGAGAACACGCCCGUUUUGACGCCCAACGGGGCCGCAGGCAUUACUCCCAGUGACCCGAGGGUGCAGGAGAGACGGGUUAGAUCCCAGAGACACCGAAACUACAUGAGUCGAACCCACCUGCACAUGCCGCCAGACCUCCCAGAGGGCUACGAGCAGAGAACAACACAGCAAGGUCAGGUGUACUUCCUCCACACUCAGACAGGUGUGAGCACAUGGCAUGACCCCCGCGUACCCAGGGAUCUCAGUAAUGUGAAUUGCGAGGAGCUGGGGCCUCUGCCCUCAGGCUGGGAGAUCCGGAAUACCGCCACAGGCCGGGUCUACUUUGUGGACCACAACAACCGCACCACGCAGUUUACAGACCCGCGUCUCUCCGCCAACCUCCACCUAGUCCUCAACCCAAGUUCAAACGGUUCUCGUUCUGGCACAGACAGCCAAAACUCCAACCUCAGUCGUCCUGGUCAACUGAAGGAGCACCAGCCUCCACAGCAGGUCUUGUCCCUUGGGCAGCUCUCUGAGGAGGCAGAAUGUCUGACGGUGCCCAAGUAUAAGAGGGACCUGGUUCAGAAACUGAAGAUCCUGCGGCAGGAGCUGAGCCAGCAGCAGCCCCAGGCCGGGCACUGUCGCGUCGAAGUGUCCCGCGAGGAGAUCUUUGAGGAGUCCUACAGACAGGUGAUGAAAAUGAGGCCUAAGGACCUGUGGAAGAGACUGAUGGUGAAGUUUCGAGGAGAGGAGGGUUUAGACUAUGGAGGCGUGGCCAGGGAGUGGCUGUACCUGUUAUCCCACGAGAUGCUGAACCCGUACUAUGGACUCUUCCAGUACUCGCGUGACGACAUCUACACGCUGCAGAUCAACCCAGACUCUGCCGUCAAUCCGGAGCAUCUGUCAUAUUUCCACUUUGUGGGGAGGAUAAUGGGCAUGGCUGUGUUCCACGGGCACUACAUUGACGGAGGCUUCACGCUGCCCUUCUACAAGCAGCUUCUGGGAAAACCCAUCACCCUGGACGACAUGGAGUCCGUGGACCCAGAUCUGCACAAGAGCCUCGUCUGGAUCCUAGAGAACGACAUCACGGGUGUGCUGGACCACACCUUCUGUGUCGAGCACAGCGCCUACGGAGAGAUCAUCCAACAUGAGCUCAGACCAAACGGCAAGAGCAUGUCCGUUACCGAGGAAACCAAGAAGGAGUAUGUCAGGCUGUACGUGAACUGGAGGUUUCUGCACGGCAUUGAGGCUCAGUUCCUUGCUCUACAGAAAGGCUUUAAUGAAGUCAUCCCCCAGCACCUGCUCAAAUCGUUCGAUGAGAAAGAGCUGGAGCUCAUCGUGUGUGGUCUGGGAAAGAUCGACAUUAACGACUGGAAGGCAAACACUCGGCUGAAGCACUGCACGGCCGACAGUAACGUGGUGAAGUGGUUCUGGAAGGCUGUGGAGUCGUACGACGAAGAGAGACGUGCCAGACUCCUACAGUUUGUCACCGGCUCCUCCAGGGUCCCCCUGCAGGGCUUCAAAGCCCUACAAGGUGCUGCGGGGCCUAGACAGUUCACCAUCCAUCUGAUUGAUGCCAGUACAAACAAUUUACCCAAAGCCCACACGUGUUUUAACAGGAUAGACAUUCCUCCCUAUGAGCACUAUGAAAAACUCUAUGACAAGCUGCUGACGGCUAUCGAGGAGACGUGUGGCUUUGCAGUGGAAUGAAGGACAGCUUUUGGAGGGAACACAGUCACAGAGUGAGCUGUCACCAGCCCCCACGAGGGAACUCUGGGUAAUCUGCCAACGGUGUCCGUCGCACAGGGACUGGGCCGGGAUGGCGUGGAGAUGGG